UUUACUGCAGCGAGUCGAUCAUCAAGUCACAAAACAGAACUCCAUGAUGCUUCACUUGAAGAAGAGGCUGUCUACACUCACACACACUGAUUUCAGUGUUUUAGUUUUUCGUCAUGCUGUUGUCCUACUUCUCCUAACAGACUGCUGUGGAGGUCUAUCUCAGGUAGUUGGACCAACUCAGCCAGUAAUUGCAAUGAUUGAUGAUGAUGUUAUUUUGCCAUGCCAUCUGAAACCGUCUGGGGAUGCUGCUGAUAUGACGUUUGAGUGGGCGAGACCUGACUUGAAACCCAGAUUUAUCCACGUGUGGCACAAUUAUCAAGACCUUCAUAACAACCAGCAUCAAUCCUACAAAGGCCGAACAUCAGUGGACGUCAACAAACUGAAGCACGGUGACAUUUCAUUAAAACUCUCCAAAGUCAAAAUGUCCGAUAAUGGAAUAUACAGAUGCUUCUUCCCACAUUUGGGUAAAGACUCUACUGUACAACUUGUCGUUGGGACGACUUCCUCACCAGUCAUGAGUUUAGCAGGGAUUGACAGAUCCAACAGUGGGGUGGUGUUGCAGUGUGAGUCUAAAGGCUGGUAUCCAGAGCCUGAGCUGUUGUGGCUGGACGGUGAGGGAAAGCUGCUCUCUGCUGGACCUACAGAGACAGUCAGAGGUCCUGAUGACCUCUAUACUGUCAGCAGCAGAGUGACUGUGGAGAAGAGACACAGCAACAGCUUCACCUGUAGAGUCCAACAGAAGAUCAUCAACCAGAGCAGAGAGACACAGAUUCAUGUUCCAGAUGAUUUCUUUGUGGCGCCGUGUAGUUCUGCUGUUUGUGUCACCAUCAGCUUGGUUGCUUGCUUCGUGACUGUUCUUGCAGUUGUCUUUUCCAUCUGGAAAUGGAGGCAUAACAAAAACAAAACUGAAACUAAUAUGAUUCUGCAAAGAGAGAAACAGCAGCUCAUGGCAGAGAGUGAGAAAAUAAAGGAUACAGAGAUGAAAAUGGCGGAAAUUGCUGCAGAAUUACAGAGGAAUAAGGAAGACAUGGUUGGUAUACUGAUGAGACAGAAGGAGGAAUUCACAAAUCAGAAAGAUAAACUCAAACAGCGAAAGAAGAAGAUGCAGGAACUGCUGGAUGCAAAUGAGACACAGUUACAGUCACUGGAGAAAGAAACAGAGGAUACAAAAUGCAAUAAUACAACUGGAUACCUAAAGCUGGAAGACAUAACAUCUAAUUACAGAUGGGGCCUGACUGAUGGACAAAAAGAACUUGAGAAACUGGUACUGGAUGCAGAGAAACUAUUACAGACAACAGAGAGUUUAGUUAGAACAAUGGAAAAGAAGGAAGUAGAGAACAUGGAGGGAAAAUAAUGUGGGACUAAAAGAGUUUGAGGUUUAAAUGCAAAAUGAAUCAAAGA